AUGUCAGGUGUGAAAAGAAGGUUAUCAGUUGAUGAAACUGAGACGAAGCAACAGUUUACUGCUGCAAACAUCUUGAAAUCUGCCUACGAGUCAAGCAUCAAUGAAUUAAAAACUCCCGAUUUUCAUAUCGCAGACUUGGAUGAGCUUCAUUAUUUCCAGCAAAGAAAACGAACUGAGUACGAAAAUGCCUUACGUAGAAAUAGAUUUAAUUAUGGACAAUGGAUGCGAUAUGCACAGUUUGAAAUCGACCAGAAAGAUCUACGACGAGCAAGGUCUGUUUUUGAAAGAGCUCUUGAAGUUGACUAUAAAAAUGUAUCCAUGUGGGUAAGAUAUAUACAGGUAGAGAUUAAAAACAAAAACAUAAAUCAUGCAAGAAACUUACUGGAAAGAGCAACAAAAUUACUCCCAAGGGUUGAUAAACUAUGGUAUAUGUAUAUCACCAUCGAGGAGACGAUAGGGAAUAUUGUUGCCGUGAACGAGAUUUUUGAGAACUGGUUGCAAUGGAAACCCGUCAAAGACGUAUGGAUUCAUUAUAUUGAGUAUAAGGAAAGAUAUGGAGAGUAUGAAGAUGAGCGUCUGCUCUUUGAAAAGUUUGUAACUACUUUUUGUGAGAGUGAGACAUGGUUAAGAUGGACUACAUUCGAGAAGAAGCAUGGCGACUUCACCAACGUUGAAAAUGUUUUCAAAUUAGGUGUUAAUGCAUUAUUUGCAAAAAACAAUCUCACAUCACAAUUUCUUAUAGCAUGGAUCCAAUUCGAACACUCGCAUAAAAAGUUUGAAAAAGUAAGAGAGUUGUAUAAGUUUGGGUUCAAAGCGUUGAACGCAAAGGAAACACACAACUUACAAAAAUUUCAAACCGAUUUUGAGAAACAAUAUGGAGUCGACAAUGAGAAUGUCGAGAAAUAUGUCUUGUUGAAGCGAAAGGUUGUUUACGAAGACCAAUUGGCGAAAGUUCCUACAGAUUAUGAAACAUGGUGGACGUACUUUAACCUGCUUAUUGAUUCCGAGCUUGAAAUAUCUAACGACAAAAUUCGAGAAAAGUUUGAGAACGCUCUUGGAAAUAUCCCCCAGGACUUGGAGCACCAGCACUGGGUGCCGUAUUGUUAUCUAUCCUAUCGAUUUGCUUUGUGGGAAGAGUAUGAAAAUAACAGAAUAGAUAAUGCUAAGCGCAUAUAUGAAAAACUUAUAAAACUGAUUCCUCACAAAAAAAUUACAAUCAUUGACGUUUGGUAUAAGUAUGCUGACUUUGAGCUUCGAAAUUUUGAUGUAACGGCAAUGAGAAAAGUUUUAGGCCAAGCUAUUGGUCUUGCAUCAAAUGAGGAUAUAAUUUUGCACUAUAUCAUGCUGGAAAUCAAAUUGAAAUACUUUGACAGAGCAAGAAAGUUGUUUAACAAGCUAAUAGAAUUGUAUCCCAAGAACUGGAAGAAUUGGCUAGAAUAUUUUGGUUUUGAAGAUUCUUUAGGUAAUGAUGUGCGAAGCAGCAACAUUAUAGAGAUCUCCAUAUUUGAGAAUUUCCUUAGCCCUAAAGACAAAGUUAAAAUGAUUGGAUCAGUUGUUGACCAGUUGAUUGAGAACUACAACUUCAACUUGGCCAGGCGAUUGUACGAGUACAAAGUUGAGUUAAUGGAACAAGAUGUUGGAGCAAUGAUCGAACGCUGCUUGUUUGAAUUGAAAGUCCCUAGUCAAAAACAGAUUGAGGCAUACGACAAGAGUAAGAAUAACGGCACUGAUCAAUUUGCAUUUGUUGUUGAUGAAGAUACGAAAAACAGGGUGCGCAAUGAAUACGACCGUUUUCUCAAAGUCAUGAAGUAUUCUGAGAACGUACAGAAGAGGAUUGUCCUUUUGGAAUCGUGGAAAAAAUUUGAGGAGCAGUAUGGGGAUACGGAGAAGGUGGAAAGUGUUGUCUCAAGGUUGCCUAAAAUUAUACGAAAAACAAGGAGUGUUGAAGGGGAGGACUUCCAGGAAGAGUACAUUGAGUACGUUUUUCCCGAGGAUGUGAAGGAAAUUCAGGAGCAGGUGGAUGAGUUUGAAGCAGAAUUUGUGAACGAGCUCCAGGUUGGUAUAGAUAAUGAGAAGGAAGAAUAUAAGGAAGAUGAUGAUGUUGUUGAUGAAGAGGAUGAGGCAGAAGACGACGCUAGUGACGGUGCUAAUGCCGCAAAAGCUAAAGCGUUUCACUCUCGUUUUGCAUCAGAUAGCGAGGGAGAGGAAGCCGACCAAGACGAAGACGACAACGAUAACGACGACAACGACGAAGCUGAUCGAACGAGCAGUAGUUUCCGUGGCCGGUUCGAAGAGUAG